AUGGAGGGGCGAAAGACGAGAAGUCGGGCAGACUGAGGAAGUUGGGGGAGGGAAAAGAUGCUAGGAACCCUGCCACAUCAGUGAGCUUGACAAUUGGCGAUCGGAAAAGAAAACACAGGAAGAAUAGAAAGAUGGACUAAAAAGAAAACCUGAAGUCAGCCUAAUGUGAAAAGGAUAAAGGAGACUACACAAAAGAGACUGAAAACCAUAGCCUACAUUAAGAUUAAUGGAGCCAGAAAGAAAGGAUAG